AUCUGAGAGAAUUUGGUUUAGUAGAUGUCAGGGAAAAAGUGGAUGACUCAUCAUCACUGAUUUAAUCAUUUAGGAAAUCCCUCGUUGAGACUUGAUAAGUAGGUUUAAAUUGGAUACUUCUUAUACUUAGUUAUGAAUUGUUAUUACAAGAGAUCAUUAUAAAAUGUCAGCUUUGUGGAGUAGUGGAAAUAAGUUGUAAUCAAAUUACAAUAUUUAAAAUACGUACCUAGGUCCUUACGUACAAUGGGUAAUCAGGAAUGUGUUUCAUUGAACAUUGCCUCUUUGCUGUACAGUAUUGACGAAUUACCAAUCGAGUUUUGUACACAAUGUCAUCCAAGUAAAUUUUCAAAUUUUAUCGGCAACCCUACUUCUCAUUCAAGCGAUUAGAUAAUCGUAUUGUUUUAAUAUGACAAUUAAUUGUUUUAUUUUGGGAUUGUUGGGUACAGAUGUUAAACUAUACGACCGAUGACAUAAUUGAUAAAGUAAUUGAUAGUAGGUACUAGGUAUAGUUAGUAGCGCCUAGUACGUUUGUCAUAUUUUCUUUUAAUAAAAUAACAUCGUAAUUAGAUCUUAUUUAAUUAAAAGAAAAUAUGUCUAAUUACGUACAUUUGAUUCCUCUAUGCAAGUACAUAAUAUUUCAGGGUUUUCUUUAAUCCAUCUAAAUAGGUUCCUGCCGCUCAUACCAACAUCAUCGUUCCCUAAAUAUAAAUGUAUUCGGUACAAUCCUACCGCUUCGUUUCUAUGGCAAUUUUGGAAGCAAACAUUUUUUUAGGAAAAGGCUGUUAUGUAAUGGUUUACUUUUCAUGAUGCUGUAGAGAUCAUUACAUACUAUUUGUGCCGUUUGGAGUGGAGAUGUUGGACCUAGGAGACCUAGUGCGAGAGGUUCCUUUAAAGAGAACUCUCCACGAACUGUAACUGAUCUCCAUCUCUACUGACAAGAAGGCUGGCUGUAUUUUCGCACACACUAGCUAUCAAACGCGGGAGCAGCCAGAGUUCACGGGCAUUGUUUAGAUUUUUAUAUUAAUUUUAUUUGAUUUAUACUGUAUUUAGUUUUAUUUUAGUUAUAAUUAGGUUUUUCUUAUGCUUUUUGUACUAAACUUUUUGAAAGUUUAGUUUUGACUUUUCUGAAUGUAACAUUUUCGAUGCUAGUUAACUUAAGUAAUGCAUCGAAACAAAAAUCCUAUAUGAAGACACCAACAUCAUGUAGGCAACGAAGAUGUAUCAAGAAACGUAUAAGUAAAAAGUAGUAUAGUCGAUUUUCAUUAAAGAUAUUGUAAUGUUGGAAGGCAGUGUGGAGGCAUGGCACGGUAUCGAUCGCGCAUGUCAACUAGUGCGCAAGGGCUGUGCAGCCUCCGAGCUUAAGGGGAAGACUCUCGAGAUUUACUUUCCUAACACCAACUUAUUAAAUAAUCCAUACUAUUGUUAUAAAUGCGUCAGUGACCUAUAUUACAUAUUACCUUGCAGACUAAAUAAUAAUAAUAAUUAUUAUUAUAAUUUUUCAAAUACAUGACUUUGAAAACUAUGUAAUACAUAGUGUCGGCUAUGAGACUGCAGAAUACAACUCCUUGCCGCGUGAAGUCCUCUAACAUGAAACUCUCUAUUGUUUAGUAUUUUUUUAUAGUAUAGUGGGCAAACGAGCAUGUAGGUCGCCUAACGGUAAGCAAACACAACACCGAAUUAACAACGGCAACCCGAUACGGUUACAUCCCAUCUAUGUUCCAAAAUGAAAUAAAUGAAUUGAAGCAAAUCGAAUUGGAUGUCUUUUUUAAAUCUUUUUAUUACGUGACACAAAUAAAAUUGGAAACACUCAUUCUCCCUAAAGUGAGAAAGGGCAAAGAACAAAAAGCACAUAGAUAAAUAUAUCCUGUGAUGUGAUAGGUACCAUAAAUUUUUUCACAACAAUUUUCGUCGACCCUCUAUGGGAAAUGGGACACGAUUGGAUAUCACAAUCUUAGAAUAAUAGAUCUUCACAAUUAUUCCUCGAAAAUCUUCUCCUUAACAUCUUACCGACUUCAAUCAAAGUCGUCUUUACAAGCUGAAGCUGUCCCUUUCCAAUGUUCUUGUAGAUCUCUCGGCCGAGAAUGGUCCCCAGAGAAUUUUCCACGUGAAUAAGUGUUUAGCAAGUUAUCUUAACCGACAAUGGUAAGUGAAGGAUUAUAACCUUUACUUGUUGUGGACCCUGGGCUCUGGUACAGGAAAUUGGUGUGGCAAAAGGCGAGGAUGGAUAACAUACCGGUUUUGGACAAAUUCUGCUUCAUUUUUCAACUUAAGACAGGAUGCAUUGCUAUGGGAAUUGUGAACUCUAUCCUAACGUUCACGCUAGCAAUAAUCCUGGUGACGCUAGCAGUUGACAUCAAGGCGGUGACGGAAGCGCAACAGAAGCGAGACGACACGGACGCGACCAUGUCCUCUGUUGUUUACUCCAUAGUGGUGCUCCUCUGUGUCCUGCUGUUCAUCAAGUUUGUGCUGGAUAUGAUCUUCGUGUAUGCUGUCUACAAGGAGAAAAGCAAAAUCAUAAGGAAGUAUUGCAUCUUUUGGUUGGUGUUUGUUAUUCUGUUCGUCAUUGGAUUCCUCAAGAGCCUGUUCCACAUGGACGCUGGACACGUGAUCGCACAAAUACUCUUCUUGGCCGAAAAUUUUUACUACAUCGUCGUCAUACGGAGCUACCUACUGUCGAUCAACGAAGACGGAGUUCUGUAAAUACCUGAUAUAAUAAUAUUUUUUAGCCUCUACAACAUCCCAUAAUUUACUCUUUAAAUUACCUUCUGUGGAUAUACAAUAACAAGAUAAUGAGAGCAUUUUGUUAGCAAAUUGUGGUGCCAUGUUUUGUAGUUUUAUGACUCGUCUUUAUAGUUCUAUUGUGUAUAUUAGUUUAUUGAUGUUUCUCGGUGUAUAUUUAAUUAGUGAAAAUAUAGGAAUUAUUGUUAUUUCGUUAAAAUUUUCAGUAAUUAUCUUUUACAUGAAUUUUACGCCUUUUAUUAGGCGUUUAGUAUAGUUGUUUGUAAAAGAUUUUGACUGAAGCUAAUGGAUGGUGGUAGUGGUCGUGUCGUAAAUACUUUUAGACCUGGUGAUCGAGAUAUUUUUAGAGUUUCAUGCAAAAUUAUGGAAUGGAUGCUUCUGAAUCAAACAAAGAAAAAAUGGAAAAUCAAAAACUAUUUAGGUACCUAUACGAAAUACAGUUUGCUUCCGAUGCUACUUAUAUGCCAUCUAAGGUAGGGAGACUUGUAGUUGUCUAUGUAAACAUUUAUUUAUGAAAAUUUAUAUAGCCUAUAGUUUGAUUUAGGAGCAUCAUAUGAUAAAAACUAGGUCUAGGACCAAGAUGUGGAAGUAUAUCACGAGCUUGUUAAUGGUGAAAAAAUAUCAAAAGAUUGAACAAUUUUGGACCAUUUAAGGCUGGAGAACGGAUUGAAAAAAAAUCAUAUCCUUGAAAAGCAAAACUUAGAUUUAUAAUAUUAUUUAAUUUAAUAAAUCUAAUUGGUCUUGCUGCGCUUCAACUGGAUACUUAAGUAGUUAGAUACUCACUUUUAUCCGGUAAAAACUGCAAAAAUCAAAUUUCAUGUUCUGUCUGUCAAGUCACAAAAGUAGUCAUACAAUGUACUUUUCUCAUUGUUUUUGGUAAGUUUCGAAUUGUGCAAUUCUUCAGAUAUAAAAACAUAUCAGAAUCAUAUUUUAUUGCAUACCUAGCACAGAUUACAUAUACCAAGUAUCUAGCGGAAGUGCAACGGACUGAAUACCUAUAUUUUAUAGACAAUGUGUUGAUAAAGUCAAAACGAAUAUAAAAAUAUUUAUGUACCUAACACUGCUUGUGACUGGUUGUGAAUAUGCAAAGUGCUUUUAUUUGCUGUAAUAAUGACAGAUUAUAUGGAAAUAUAGAAUAAAAGAGAUCAUUAUAUAGCAUUACUUUAAGUUAUAAUUCAUUUAUAAUUCAUAUUAAAUUAGGCACAUGUCUUCCAACUAGAAUUAGGUAAACAUCAUUAUUUCGUCUUAUACAGAUUGUAUGGAAGAAUUUAUACUUCUGUGGUUUAUUUUAUUCUACUUAUCAUAUUAAAUAUCAUUGCGAAUAAUAAGGCAGAUAUUUUACUCAAAAUUUCUUGCCUUAAAUCAGAUGGGUAUUAACUGAAUACAAUACAGGUUAUUUUGAAUUAAUUCCUCUGACAAUAUUUUUAACUGCUUAAUUUUUGUUUUUGGGAAAAAAUAGAAGUGAAUGUCUUUAACUUAGUAUAUAUACUAUACCUAGCCGUCGUAUGUGUCCAAAAAUCUGCUUUCUAUAACAUUAAUAAGUAUAUACUAAAAAUAAGAAUUUUUAUUCAGUCAUAAUAAAUAUAUCAACUUAUUAUAGAUACUAGAUUUGUAUUCGUAUAUUUUACUAGAUACAUAAUAUAUAUUGUUGAAGGUUUAUAUAAUGUAACUUCUACCUAUAUACAUAUAAAAACAACGAAAAUCCUUUAUUUCAUUGAAAGUGACAACGCGAUGGUACCUAGCGACGAAAAAUUAAAAAUAAAAACAACCAAACUUCCUUCAUACUCAUAGCUAGAUAAAUUGUGUUAGUAUGAUCGAUAUAAAUUAUUCAUUGACUAAAUAGAAAUGAUAUGUAUUUUUUAAUAUAACAAUAAAUAUCUAAUUUAACUAGCUUCAAUGGCCCAUCGCAUUGUCGUUGUUCGUAGUAUACCAUCGAUGAUUCUGUAUUCAUCGAUGAUCUACGUUUACCGACUGUGAAAUAUAUAAUUUCUGUGUGUGUAAUAAAUCACCAAAGGAUAUUGGUUCUGCUGCUGGCGUUGGAAAUAGGAAACAAAUAAAUAACAAGUAAAAAAAUGUCGAAUUUUACUAUAUGACGAUAUUUUUACAAAACUUUAAUUAAUAUGCCAGAGCUAUUAAAUAAAAUUUGGCCACGUAGCCCCUUCGAUAUUUAAUUAAUUUAAAAUAAUUAAAUUUAAGUGAUUUUUACCUAAUCAAAGCGUUUUAGGUACCAAUUUAAUAACGACAAUAAUACGUCCUUCGCUUUAGAAAUAUAUUGAUGUGUCCAGUGUUUACCUACUCCUGUUCUAGCGAAGAGGAAUAUUACGACUAUUUGUAUUGUAGAUAUAUUACUGUAUUGUUACGAUAUUUUUAUCUUAUACACUAAAUUACAAUGUCAAUUUUUUCUAUUGACAAUAAGAAACAGAUUUAUUAUAAGAUUAUUGCAAAGUUCAAUUUAUAUUACAUUUUUAUAAUUAUUAUAAAUAUAUAAAUAAUCUAAUAUUCCUUUUCCGAAAUCAAAAAUAUGAGAGGAUCCUUGGUACGAUGUAUUCUACCAGAAAACAUAUCGAUAUAAUAUCAUAUUUGGAUGGAUCAAAAGGGUUUUCUUAUAUUUUGUACUAAAGUCUUGAUAUUUAUAUAAAUAUUUACUCAUCCCUUUAUAAAUAAUGUACUCGUGUAUACAAAAAUGUGUAGAUAGAAUAUGUUUGUUAGAAGUGUUUUAUAUAAAUGUAUUUAAAUAAUAAAUAAUGAAGGCCUAUUGUUUCUAAGGUUAAGCUCGAUUGGUACCCCUACAGUUAGAUGUCGACACUAAUUUUGAUUUAAGUACCCGACAAAAUAACAUGUAUCUAAGUAGGUAAAAACAACCUAUCUAAGUGUGUUCCCGGUUUUUUUUCCCUACUUUUUCGUCUCCACUGAAUACAGUCGUUGGCAUCCGCAGUUGACAGAGAGUUUUAAUAACCCACCUAAUUACAUUAAUAUCAAAAUUAUCCGAAAACCGUAGUAUUCAUCAAUAAGUAAAAGGGAAAAUAAAACAUAUUAUACUUACUUUUUUAAGUAUAAGUAACCCUGUACAUGCUGACGCCAUAUCGAAACUUUGUUAUUACUUAAACAAUUUAAACGUUUUAUAGAAUAAUUUACUAUAAAAAGUGUACCAAUAACGUUCGAGCAAUUUUGGCAAUAAAUAGGCCUUUAUUCUCGAUGUCUGCACAACUAUCGAUCAAUUAAAUGCUUUAAGUGUUGUGACAAUUAUUUACAAUUGUGAAUUGAAUUUAAUUUUAUAGAAAUUUUGAUGUUUGUGAAUGUUGUACAACGCUUUGUUAAACGCAUCAAGUAUUUGAAAAUAAAAGAAAAUGGUUACA